GUCCGCACUUCCAUCUUGACGAACCUGCAGAGUGCAGCCUUUCGUGCCUGUGCCCAAGACAACAACGAUCACUGAACACCGAGUGGAUCGUCAAUUUUCUACACUGGUUCAGCCAAGGGAGCACGAUGGACGUCCUUGCCAGCAGCAUAUUCCCCCGGGGAGAUGAAACAGGAGCGUCUCGAGGGAGAGCCGCCGUGAUCAUUACAGGCGUGCUCACGGCAUUCGCCGCCUUGACUGUUGCGGUGCGCCUCUACACGAGAGCCGGUCUUCUGAAGUCGACAGGACGUGAAGACUGGUUAAUCUUAGGGGCUAUGGCGUUCUCUUUUGUGUAUCUUGGUCUAGUUGUUGGUCAACAACAAUAUGGGCUUGGAAAGCAUGAGUGGGCCAUCUCCCCAGAAUCCAUGAAGAUUCAACUUCGAUGUCUCUGGAUCGCCAUUCCCAUGUACAACAGCAGUCUGGUCUGCACCAAGUUCUCCAUUCUUUUCAACUACCUACGGGUUUUUCCUAAUCGUCGCCUCCGUCUCUCAUGCUAUAUCAUGAUGUGUGUUGUCACUUCCUAUUCGACAUGGGCCAUCGUCAGCGGCUAUUUCACCUGCGUGCCGGUGGCCAAGUUCUGGGACCCUACGAUCAAGGGACACUGCCUCAACUUCCAAGCCCUCUGGUUCUUCAACGCUGCCAUGAAUAUCAUUACGGACACCACACUCCUUAUUAUCCCAAUGCCGGUCCUUUCUCAUCUGCAGCUUCCUAAGAAGCAAAAGUUUGCCCUGAUGGGAGUCUUUGCUGUCGGUGCCAUUGUCUGUAUCACGUCCAUCCUACGUCUAAGUGGCCUUCACAAGGUUGCCGUCAGCAAAGACACCUCUUGGGACAACGUCAGCGCCGCCUUCUGGACCGCUGCUGAAUGCAACGUCGCCAUCAUCUGCGCCUGUCUUCCCUACCUGCGGCCUCUGAUUGCCCGCAUGUUCCCUCACUUCAUCAACGCCAGCAGCUACAACGAACGCACUGCGGGUCGGCGAACCACCGGAACCUUCUCCAAACAUCAGGCCACGAUGCUCAGCCAGGGCGCAGACUUCGAUCUGUACACCAUUAACAUCGAGAAAGGCGACGACAACACGAGUCGCAGCACGAUGAGCGGUAUCGAAGUCACCACCGAGAUGACGACAGUUCAAGAGCCCAAUAAAGAAUUCGAAUCGAUCAGUGAGCGCAGACUCGUUAUGCAACCUGAACCCUAGAUAUUCUCGUUCGUUUCUCUGGGUUUCGAAUUUCAACU